ACGUUUCACUUCCAUGGCGUGCAAGUUCUGUUUUUGUAUUUCUUCCUUAAUGGUUAUAACUUAUGUUCUCGAGUUUUUGGUUUCUCCAGGGAGCUUCCCAAGUCGUUAAGUCUGUUAGAUUUAGCUUCAUGACAGAACAAGAUGUCCGAAACCAUAGUGUUUUGAAAGUUACUAAUCCCGUCUUACUCGAUACCGUUGAGAGACCUGUCCCUGGUGGUCUCUAUGAUCCUCUUAUGGGUCCGCUGGAUGAUAAAACACCUUGUAAAACCUGUAGCCGGAUCAGUCUAUUUUGCCCAGGACAUUGUGGGCAUAUCGAGCUUGUCUAUCCUAUUUACCACCCUUUGCUCUUCAAUCUUCUUUACACCUUUUUGCAAAGGACUUGUUUCUUUUGUCAUCACUUUAUGAAAUGGAGUGAGGUUGACGGAUGUGUUUCUCAGUUGAAAGUCAUCAUUAAAGGAGAUAUAGUUGCUGCUAAAAAGUUUGGUUCUGAAGCCACGGAAUCAUCAGAAGAGUGUGAAGAUUCUGACAUUAGAAAGCAGAGGUGGACAUCUUUUCAGUUUGCUGAAGUCACUGACCUCUUGAAAAAAACUCUGGGGUUGAAAUCAUGGAAGUGUGGAUAUUGCGGUAAAAAAGCUGUUAUACUAGAGAAGCCUAUGUUCGGAUGGGUUCGCAAGGAGGUGGAGAAAGCGACCGACAAUGGAGAUAAUGUAAUUCGAGAGAUUAAGGUAAAGAAUUCCGAAAACAUUGUAGAAAGUGAUGAUGACAGUGCUAUCGAUGAACAAUCAGAAGUUGAAGAUGAAGGUGCUAAAAAGAAAAGAGGAAAAUCUUCGAAAGCAGCUAAAGAGUUUAAAGAACACAAGAAAAAGACUAAAAUAAACGUUUUGCCUAGUGAGGUCAGGGAAAUCUUAAAAGAUUUGUGGAGAAAUCACCCUGAGUUUUGCUCCUUUAUUGGUGAUCUUUGGCAGAGUGGAUCUGAAAAAAAUGACUACUCUAUGUUCUUUUUGGAGAGUAUUCUUGUGCCUCCUACUAAAUUUAGACCUCCAACAAAAGGAGGCGAUAGCGUUAUGGAACAUCCUCAAACCGCAGGGCUAAAUAAGGUCUUAGAAUCCAAUAUAGCCCUUGGGAAUGCCCGUACUAACCAAUUAGAGAAAUCGAAAAUAGUUUCUAGAUGGAUGGAUCUCCAAGAAUCAGUCAAUGUCUUGUUUGAUAGCAAAACUUCAUCAGUUAAAAGUCAGAGAGAGCAGGGAACUGGAAUAUGUCAAGUGCUGGAGAAGAAAGAGGGUCUAUUUCGGCAAAAUAUAAUGGGAAAAAGAGUGAAUCAUGCAUGCAGAUCUGUCAUAUCUCCAGAUCCUUAUAUCGCUGUCAAUGACAUUGGGAUUCCUCCUUGUUUUGCUUUGAAAUUGACUUAUCCUGAGAGGGUGACUCCUUGGAAUGUUGAAAAGUUAAGGAAGGCUAUCAUUAAUGGUCCAGACAUUCAUCCGGGAGCAACACAAUACUCUGACAAAGUAUCUACAAUGAAGCUGCCUUCUAGCAGAAAAGCACGAAUAGCAAUUGCAAACAAGUUAUUUUCCUCACGAGGAGUCACUACAAAACUUGGGAAAACAUGUGAUAUCAACCUUGAAUGUAAAACUGUCUAUCGACAUAUGCAUGAUGGUGACGUCGUCCUUGUGAAUCGUCAGCCAACAUUACAUAAACCUAGUAUAAUGGCUCACAUAGUCCGUGUUCUUAAGGGGGAGAAGACACUUCGUCUCCACUAUGCAAAUUGCAGUACAUAUAAUGCAGAUUUUGAUGGAGAUGAGAUGAAUGUGCAUUUUCCACAAGAUGAGAUAUCACGAUCUGAGGCCUACAAUAUUGUCAAUGCCAACAACCAAUAUGCAAGGCCUUCUAAUGGUGAUCCACUUCGAGCUUUAAUCCAGGAUCAUAUUGUCAGUUCGGUUUUGCUCACAAAAGGGGACACUUUUAUGGACAGAGAUGAAUUCAAUCAGCUUCUUUUCAGUUCUGGCGUGACUGACAUGGUGCUGAGUUCUUUUUCUGGACGAUCUGGCAAGAAAGUCACACAGUCUGCUUCUAAUACAGAGCUGUUGACUGUCACGCCUGCUAUUUUAAAACCAGUACCUCUUUGGACUGGAAAACAGGUCAUCACUUCAGUGUUGAAUGAGAUAACCAAAGGUCAUCCCCCAUUCAGCGUAGAGAAAUCUACCAAACUUCCUGUUGACUUCUUCAAAUGUAGAACAAGAGAAUCCAACAAAAAUAAGUCAUGGAAACAUGAUUUUGAUGAAGAUAAACUGCUCAUCAGGAAGAAUGAAUUUGUCCGCGGUGUGAUUGACAAGGCGCAGUUUGCGGACUACGGGUUGGUUCAUACAGUGCAUGAGCUCUAUGGUUCAAAUGCUGCAGGAAACUUGCUUUCUGUUUUUAGUCGUCUCUUCACGGUUUUCCUUCAGAUUCACGGUUUCACCUGUGGAGUUGAUGAUCUUAUUAUUUUGAAAGAUGUGGAUGAAGAGAGGACCAAGCAACUUCAAGAAUGUGAAGGUGUUGGUGAAAAAGUCCUACGUAAGACCUUUGGCAUUGAUGUUAAUGCUCAGAUAGAUCCUCAGGACAUGAAAUCUAGCAUUGAGCGAAUUCUUUACGAGGACGGGGAACCUGCUUUGGCAUCUUUGGACAGGAGAAUCGUCAGUGAGCUCAACAAGUGUUCAGGAAAGGGGGUGAUGAACGAUUUGCUCUCUGAUGGGUUGCUGAAAACACCUGGAAGGAAUUGUAUAUCUCUGAUGACAAUAUCUGGAGCUAAGGGCAGUAAGGUUAACUUCCAACAAAUCUCUUCUCACCUUGGCCAGCAAGAUUUAGAAGGAAAAAGAGUUCCCAGAAUGGUUUCUGGGAAGACAUUACCGUGUUUCCAUCCAUGGGACUGGUCACCUAGAGCUGGAGGUUUUAUUAGUGACAGAUUCCUUAGUGGUCUCAAGCCACAAGAGUAUUACUUCCAUUGUAUGGCUGGACGAGAAGGGUUAGUUGAUACUGCAGUGAAGACAUCACGUAGUGGGUAUCUGCAGAGAUGCUUGAUGAAAAAUCUCGAGAGCCUGAAAGUCAACUAUGAUUGCACUGUCCGGGAUGCUGAUGGGUCCAUCAUUCAAUUCCAAUAUGGUGAAGAUGGCGUGGAUGUUCAUCGGUCUAGCUUCAUUGAAAAAUUCAAAGAACUUACACUAAAUCAAGAUAUGAUCCUUGAAACAUGCAGUGAAGACAUGCUAUCUGGAUCCAAUAGUUACAUAACUGAUCUGCCUAUUACUCUUAAGAAGAGAGCUGAGAAGUUUGUAGAGUCAAUGCCUAUGGAUGAGCGUAUUGCUUCCAAAAUGGUGAGACAAGAGGAUCUACUGAAGCUGGUGAAAUCAAAAUACUUUGCAAGUCUUGCCCAGCCAGGGGAGCCUGUAGGUGUACUUGCUGCACAAUCUGUAGGAGAGCCAUCAACACAGAUGACUUUGAAUACUUUCCAUCUUGCUGGACGUGGAGAGAUGAAUGUGACACUUGGAAUCCCACGUUUACAAGAGAUCUUGAUGACUGCUUCUGCAAACAUUAAGACACCCAUCAUGACUUGCCCUUUGCUCAAGGGUAAAACAAAGGAUGAUGCAAGUCAUAUUACUGAUAAAUUAAGGAAGAUAACAGUAGCAGAUAUUAUAAAGAGUAUGGAAGUAUCCGUUAUACCAUUCGCAGUUUAUAAAGGCAGAGUUUCUAGCUUUGACCCCAAAAAAAAAAAACAAAAAGGUAGAGUUUGUAGUAUUCACAAGCUUAAGAUAAAUCUAUAUAAGCCAGAGCAUUAUCCGAAGCACACUGAUAUUACUGAUGAGGAUUGGCAAGAGACAAUGACGGUUAGGUAUUUGAGGAAGCUGGAAGAUGCUAUACAGAAACACAUGACAAUGCUCUGUAGAAUCCGGGGCAUAAAGGUUAAGAAAGUCACCUGUCCAAAAGCUGGAAAUGAUACGAGGAAUGAUGAUUCUGCAAGUGGAAAGCAGACUCAAGAUGAUGAUGAUGAUUCUGCUAGUGGAAAGCAGACUCAAGAUGAUGACGAUGAUGAUGAUGAUGAUGAUGAUGAUGAUGAUGAUGAUGAUGAUGAUGAUGAUGAUGAUGAUGAUGAUGAUGAUGAUUCUGCUAGUGGAAAGCAGAAUCAAGAUGAUGAUGAUUCUGCUAAUGGAAAGCAGACUCAAGAUGAUGAUGAUGAUGAUGAUGAUGAUGAUGAUGAUGAGGGUCUUGGUGCAGAGAAACGGAAGAAGCAAGCAGCAGAUGAGGAUUAUGAGGAAAGUUCUGAAGAUGAGAAUAAGGAACCAUUGUCAACUAGUGGAGUAGAUGAUGACACUGAGAUGGACAGUGAGGAUGAGAAUGAAGAAGUUAGCAAGGAAGGGACUCAGCAACCCAAAAAAAAGAAGAGAGAGAGAUUUGUUGGACAUAAGAAAGACAGACAUAUCUUUGUGGAAUGCAAAGGAGAGACAUUUGAGGUCCAUUUCAAGUUUCUUUCAAAGCAGCCUCAUAUGUUACUUGCUCCGGUUGCUCAGAAAACAGCACAGAAGGUUUACAUCCAGAACUAUGGGAGAAUCGAACGGUGCACAUUAGCUAACUGUGGUGAUCCUCAAAUGAUAUACUACGGAGACAAACCAAAGGAGAGAGAAGACAUCUCCAACGAGGAAAAGAAAGCCUGGCCAGCUCUCCACGCAUCAGGAGUUGAUUUCUCUGAUAUCUGGGAGUUUCAAGAUAAGCUUGACGUUAGGUACUUGUACAGCAACAGCAUUCACGACAUGCUCAACACAUUUGGGGUUGAAGCGGCAAGAGAGACCAUAAUCAGGGAAAUAAACCACGUUUUCAAAUCAUACGGUAUAUCAGUAAGUUUCAGACACCUGAACCUCAUCGCAGAUUACAUGACCUUUUCUGGUGGAUACCGUCCAAUGAGCCGUUUUGGAGGAAUUGCAGAAUCAACUUCUCCAUUCUGUAGAAUGACAUUUGAGACAGCCACUAAGUUUAUUGUCCAAGCAGCUACCUAUGGAGAAGUUGACAGGCUAGAAACUCCCUCUGCUAGAAUAUGUCUUGGUUUGCCUGCGCUUUCAGGAACGGGUGGCUUUGACCUGUUACAGAGAAUAGAGGUCUGAUUUGUGUGUUAAACCCUAGCGUGGAGCACAAUUUUGUCUAAUUUAAAAUAUUUGUCGUAUUAAAAGUUUUGUUUUAGACAUUUUGUUGUCCAAUAAAUGGAUAGAUGUACCUGCCGACAAAUUGAGAAAACGCUUGUGGAUGGCAAGAGCUGCAUUUUAGUGAGUUUUUUUUUGUUGUAAACUGCAUUUUAGUGAGUUUUCGAUCAAAGCAAAAGAAAAAAUGAAAUGGUUGUAGCAACCUCGUUUUUAUUGGGUUAAUUUGCUGAGUAACCAAUUUUGAAAGAAGAAUUAAAAAUAUAUCACCGAUUUUGACGUUAUUAAUUCAAUAACAUUUAACACAUAUUUGAGUUAUACAUUUGCCUUUCCAGGUAAUCAAUGACAUAAAAAGAACAAAUGACGUCGAUGAUGAAGAACAUGUGAACGAGAAAAUGAGAUUAUGUCGUUGAUGAUGAAGUGAGUAUUGAGUCAUUGAUUAAUUACAUGGUCUUGUGGUAGUUAUGGUGGCAGACGGCGUACAAGAAGGAUGAGAAGUAAUCAAAGUUAUAUCAUUAUAAUUUAUGUUGUCGUCACUUUAUUUUGUAAUAGGAAAACAUUGUUCUAUUCUAUUUAAUAAAAUUAAAAUAAUACUAGCAUUAAUUUCUUAUAUACAAAGUAAAAUGUUUUGCCACUGCAAAUUGAGCAUUGUUCAAGCUGCUAUUUCAUUCUAGACUCCAACCACACCCUAACAUCCCCCAAAUACUACAAAUUUAUUUGAUUAAUAUUUAAUUAUAUAAUUUAUGUUUUUAACUUUUUACUAAAAUAUUAUUUUAGAUAACAAUACAAUCAAUAUAUAUAAAGAAAAUACACUUUUUAAUUAUAUUUUUAAAUUUUAGAUAAUUCAAUAUUCUAUUUUUAAUUAUAUAAUUAAGAAUUUUAUUUGAUUAAUAUUUA